GCCACUGCCACUGAGCAGUUUCUCAGCGCUCGCUGUUGGAGGAGCCGGACUUGUUGCCGCUGCUCGGGGUAGACGGAGCCGUCCGCACACACCGCGCGGGCUACAGGAUCCCGACCGCUGCCGCCGCUGCCGCCGCCGCUGCUGCUCGGGUAUAACCUUACUGCAACCGUUUCUACUUUGGGUGUAACCAGGUUAUGAGAUCAUCAUGACAGAACGGGUGAACAACUUUCCUCCACUGCCAAAGUUUGUGCGCUUGAAGCCAUGCUUUUAUCAAGACUUCAAUGAGGAUAUCCCUGAGCCGCACAGACUGUCUGUCAAACGGCUGUACUACCUGUGGAUCAUGCAUGGUAUUACCCUGGUGGUGAAUUUGAUUGGAUGUCUGGCUUGGUUAAUCGGUGGAGGGAGUGCAGUCAACUUCGGACUGGCCAUCCUGUGGCUGAUCCUUUUCACUCCCUGCUCCUACGUGUGCUGGUUUAGAGCUGUCUACAAAGGCUUCAGGAGUGACAGCUCCUUCAACUACAUGCUGUUCUUCUUCACCUUCUCCGGGCAAGUGGUACUGAACAUCAUCCAGGCAGUGGGCAUCCCUGGUUGGGGAGUAUGUGGAUGGAUAGCUACCAUCACCUACUUUGGCACCAACAUAGGUGUAGGAGUGGUGAUGCUGUUUCCCACAAUCAUGUUCACGGGGCUGGCUGUAAUCUCCUUUUUAGCUCUAAUUAAGGUGCACACCUUCUACCGUGGGGGUGGCGGCAGCAUGGGCAAGGCACAGCAAGAGUUCUCCACUGGUGCCUGGAAGAACCCAUACGUGCAGCAGUCGGCACGCAAUGCAGCUGCAGGAGCCAUUCCUGAGGCCUUCUGAUGGCAGCGGUCUCUACUCGGCCACCGUUGCCGCAGUCCCGAGUUCCACAUGUGCUGGUCCUGUGGUCCUCCCCUAUUUAAAUGUUAAAAUUGAUGUGACAUUUAAUUCCCUCCCCAACCACCCUCUUCCUCCCCAAUAAAGACAUUAAUUAGAUCAUCUUGUGUAGGUGUUAACUAAUCCUUCGUGAUGGAAUCUCAAAAUGCAUACUUAAAUUUACGUUGAAUUAAAUGUUAUUUUUAAUUGUCAUUUAAACUACUGGACCAAUUUUUAUAACCAACAGCACCUUCGAAAUAUCUUAAUCUAACUGGAAAUAGGCAAUUAGGAAGUAUUUUUGUAUCUUUACCUUACCCAAUGAUCAAUGGAAUAAAUAUAAUUCAUUGAUGGGAUUUUUAUAUUCAUCUGGAGAGCCACAGUACAACAAUGUUAUUUCAACAGUCAUUUUUUGUUUAAUAACUUUGUAACCUAAAACAGUGCUAUUUCAAUGGAAAUUGCUUGUGAAAAGGGCAUGACCCUGCUACUCAUGUACAAUAUAUGUCAGAUUUGCCACUAUAUGGAAGACAUAUUACUUGAUUAAAGAUAGUGGCAUCCAUGUGUAACCGCAGAUUAGAGUUGCAGCAAAUUAUUACAGUUUAUAUUUUAUCCUUUGAGGGUGUAAAUAGGGAAAUUUAUCGACAAAUGUCAUGAAAUGGAGAAAUUUUAUGAAUAUUUCUACCCUCGGAAUGAAAAAUGGAUAACAGCUGAAUGCAUUUCUGUUGUGCAGUAGUGCUAUCAGUAUCACGUCAAUGGGAUACAAAUUAUCCAUUUGAAUCUCUCACAGCAUGGUAGAGAAGGUACCAGAGCAGCAUGUGAUGUCUGCCACCUAGCAACCUCUUGAAAAAUAAUUGCACAAUAAGUACCAGGGUCAUGUCCCAUUCACUUCAAAAUAAUUCACUGGGCAUAGCUUACAGAUUAAAAGGCUUAUUACUGAUUAAAAUGGCUGCAGUUCACAUUGAAAUAAUUUGUACAAAUAAAUCCUGAUGCAGUUUAGCCUUCCAUUACAAUAUUUUGUGGAAUUCUGUCGCAUAUUACCUAUGUACACAUAAACAAUACAGUAUAGUACUUACAAUUGCACUGUUUUAAUGGAAAAGCCAACAUCUAUAACAUUUGCAUAGUCCACAUGAAACUGCAUGGCAACAGUAAUGUGCCUUCUAUACAGAUAGUCACAGUUUACAAUGGCAUUCUUGAUACCUGCUGUCAGGUUAAAGUAAAGCCACAUUUAAGCACAUACUGGUUUUGGCACACCAUUCCAUUGCAACAUAUAGGGACUAUGUAUUAACAUGAAUUAGAGCCUUGUCUUUGUGUAAGAACAUGCAAAGAUAUUAGUUUGUUGUAAAUAUCCAAAGUGCUUGGAUUGGCUUAGAUUACCAUGUCUUCUGCUGCAAAUUGCACAGCUUGUGCAUAUAUGUAUUGCCAACAAUUUGAAAGCGAUGGGCAUUCCAUCUGGAAAGUCAUUGGGAUUAUCCCAGCUCUGGUUCUAAUACAGCUUGUGGAGGGGUGAAUUAUACAUCUCUAGAAUUUGGAACUAAUUGUGGAAUGGAACAAAUGAGUAUUCAAACACAAAUUAAGUUCAAAGAAGAAUCCAAGAAAACAAAAACUUAAGUCAGAAUUAAAAAAAAAUCCGAAAAUAUUAGAAACUUAAAUAUAUUUUGGUAGAAUGUUAUUUUGGAAUAUUACAAUGGGAACUGGAAAAUAUACAAACCAAAAUCCACAUCAAACUGGAAAUUAAACUGGGUUUCGAACCUCUCAGAACAUGAAGUUAGCAGGACGUUUUCUAUAAAUAGGUGUAGUUGGUAAAAAUAAUAUAUUGUAGUUAACAAGCUGGUAACCCAGUUUAUGAAGGCUCUCUAUUUUUUGGAGGAAAUAGAACGAUAUACUUAAAAUAAUUCAGAUUCCUAAAAAUCAGAAGGGAAUUCCGAGCAAUCAAAAGUUGGUCACCAGGUUUCAAUGUUCAUGUUUCUUAUGUUGGGUGUGGAAUGGCAACUGCUAAUUUCCAAACGUUUUUUUUCUCCAAUUGUAGCCUAAUUAUGCUAUCAGUAUCAUGUCAAUGGUAUACAAAGUAUCCAUUUGAAUUUCUCACACAACAAUGCAACCCUUCAUGGUAGAGAAGGGUCCAGAGUAGCAGGUAACCAGAGCUACAUCUGAAUACAUUUCAAGUGACCUGGUCCACACAGCAGCAGACAGCACUUUCCCACCCACUGUCACACAAGAGUAAUUCAUAUUCGUUGCGUGACAGUCACACCGUUUUUUAAAAUGUCAGAGGUGUAAUGCAUCCAAAUGAAGUUAAUAACCUAAUUUAAUUUGAUGGUUGUUUUGAGUAGUCAUUCGACUGAUAGCAUUAACGAAUUGCACCUGAGAACCCAGAAUAUAUACAGGUGAUUAUCUGGAAGUGAACCCAGAACCUCAGCAGAACUCAGGCCUCUGAACUACCCAGCCUACCUCAAACGAUCCCAAACUUUAAUCGCCAUGUCCCACACCUCACAUCCAUUCCAAUAAAAUACUACAAACGCUUAUAUACUUAAUCAUGUUAUUUCAAUAGUGAUGACAUGUAUGUAUGCUUUCUCGCCACAAUAGAAUCAGCAAUGUGCUCUAGCAGCAUACGUUAAAGAAAAGAAAGAUUAAAUGUUUGUGGCCGAGUUGGUUGUUUAAUGUAACAAUUACAGAAAUGAAAGAAAAAAAUAUGCAUUCUCAACUAUAUUUCGAUGUUGUAUAUUUCAUUGCAUAAAACUUGGGGCAAAAAAUACAAAGUAUGUUGCCAGAAAGGAUCACAGGUGGACAGUGGCCAAAUUAUACUUCUACAACAGCAGCAGCACCACAUCAAAUAUGGGGAGAUAAAUUCACCAUUUGUUCCAUUCCACAAUUAGUUCCAAAUUCCUACCUGCAAAUGUAUGAUGAAACAAUAUCCUCAUAUAAAUGUAUGUUAAAAAGACAAACUGUAUGUUUGCACAUUUAUAUGCACUGUACUGUAUUCACAAAUAGACAGAUGAGGGCCGAGUUGAUAUUUAGUCAUGAGCCUGAACGUGUGUAAUGUGACGCAGGUGGUAACGCUAUCAUUCCUUUGCCUUUCUACAGCUGCCAUAGAGUAUAACUGUAUACUGAACUGGAUCAAUACAAAAGGUAACAUUUUCUAAUUUCAUCAAAAAUAAAGAAUGAAACGAGAGAUCUUUAUUAAAUAUUAACAUUCUCAGUAUAGCUUGGUGCCAGGAUUUGUUUUGGUCAAAGUGUCCAUUGACUGAGUUUCAAGGAAGGCAUACGUAUGUAAAGUAGAGUGUACUGAAACCAUCAACAAUACACAUACAAAUGCUUACACUGACUGACCUAUUUCUGUGAAGAGUCGGCAUAUUGUAAUAAAACAAACUAAAGGGAUGAGUUUUAUGAUGUGGACAUGGACAAACUGACAGGACAGCUGAAUAUAAGACAACCAUGGGUAUGAGCACAAUUGUCAUCAUAACCGCAUCAUAGAUGUGCGUUGUCUCCAUCACUUGCCAGCCUCUGAUUAAAGCAUGGGCAAGCAGGACCUUUGUCCCAGGUCUUUGAUCUAGGGUAGGUUAGUCAGGUAGGAAGCAUGACAGUGCAUUGUACCAUUUGCAUAUAAAGUUGUCUAAAUCUUAUAAGAUAACGAGUUAUUUUGAUAAAAAACAUGUCUUUUUUUAAAGUCCAUCUAGGAUAUUUCCAUCUAGGAUUUUUUUAAAUAUAACCUGCAUAGAUAUAAAAUCUUGUUUUCAUUCACAUCAUGCAUAUGCUAAAUUUAUUGUAAAAUGCAGCAUAUAUCCCAGAAAUCCAGUGCAACUUAAUUUAUAGUUCUUUUCAUUUCAGUCUUUUGUGUUAUAAAAAUGUUAAAAAUACGUUCUUAUUCUCCUGAAACCAACUUCAUCAGUUCAGAGGACGUAAGCAUUCAACUACCCUAUUUCUUUAAACGUUAACUUUUAUUUAACCCUUUUCAGGCAGACCCUGACAAUUGAAUCUCAUUGCCGGAGUGUAACGUGCACAUAUGUGUAGAAAGUGCAUUGAUUAGAUUAUGCACAGAUAUUACAUAAUACCAUUUCCCAUUGAUUAAUGUCAGUUUAAGGAACAAAAAUAAUUAUUGCAUUAUAAAAUCUCAUCUUAAAACGUUUUUCAGUGCAACGUGUGAAAGCAAAUUCUUGCCAUUCUCUAUACAAUGCUUGUGCUUGCCCAGAAGCAUUUCAUGAGAUGAGGUUAUUCCAACAAUAUUUGAAGUCCCAAUGCAGCAGAAUUUUCCCAGUUUUGAGACAAGAUAACUAAUUACCCUCAUAGCUCUGGUUCAGCAGUCACUAUCUCAAGAAUAUCAUGACUACAUCAGUUUUUUACUUUAAAACUUAUUUUGAUAUAUGUUUGAGUACGAUCUUUUGGUUGCUAUUUAUUUUCCUUAACAUAUUACUAAAAUUAUACAAGUUCUGUGCAUCUUGGUAAAUAUGGCAUUGUUAAAUAUUGGCGUAAAUGUGAUGGCACGCUGUGAAGUUAUGGAUAUUUAAAUGUUCUACAAGAAUUAUCAUUCUGUUGGGAAAAUGUUAAUUCACGUGAGAUGGUGUGGACAUGGAAUACAUGUUUGAUCAUGACACACUUUAAUAAAAAAUCAAUAAUGCUAAUUGUAACAGGUCUUUAAUACAUAUUUUGUAUAGCAUAUUGUGAUAGGUGUUUAGAGAUAAUACAUUGAAUAGUCCUUAUGUAAGGUUUGAUGUGAUUAUAUUGUGGUCCAACUGGUAAGAUUGAAUACGGUCUCGCUGUUGUGUUUGGUUGUUAAAGUUUAAAGACCCUAACAUUGCGAUUUUGAGAGUUACAAAUUUGCUCUUCUAACAAGUUUAGAUUCUGUGUAAUUGGUUGUUCAUUAAUGGUGUCCCUUCGUCAACAACUGCAGCUCUUCGGAUUUUUUCAGUUCAGGGAAACCCGCGGGUUGGAGAACACGUUUUCUGACGCUCAUGCAUUGAUUGUCUGAUGGUAUGGUCAUGUGUUUUCAUUUAUAUAUAUAUAUUUUAAAAAUUGCUACUUACGAUUGUGUAAACUACACCCGCUAUACUUUGUAAGCCUUUGGUAAAGCAUAGGAAAGCAAGAAUCUUGCACACCUGGUCAGGAACUUCGAUCAAAUUUGAAUUGUAGCAAACUAAAAGACAACUGUAAACCUACUCUAUGAUUGUACAACUGCAAAGGUUGAAUAGGUUUCUAUAAUGUGUGAAUCUGUAGGUGCUCCUACAUGACCAUAAUUAGGAUGUGUAACUGCUGGUGCAUAUACAGUAAUAUGUUUGCCAUUCAACGUGAAUCAUGUCAGCACAGUACGGUGGUGUCGGAUUCAUUAGCCUAGGACUUUGUAUGGCAACGCAUGGUAAGAACAGUUGCAGUACUGUACUCAAGCAGGAGCCAUUUUUUAAUAUCAUGUUUACAGUGCUGAGUCAUCUCAAUUUGUAUGAAACGUAAACCUUGGAACACAAUAAGGAAACACAUUUUCUUAUAUACUAUAAGCGUACACCUCCACAAACAAACCCAAUGGGAAUUAAUAUUCCACAACACCGCAUUUGAGGAAUGUUUUUUUACAGGUGGCACUUUUUUUUUGUAUGACCUCUGGAUGGAAAUACUAUCGCUGUUUUUAAGUUAAUUAAGGGGUGGGUAGUAUCCAGGGUUGCCUGACACCUAGGGCUUGCAGCAUCGUUUAGAAAGACCCAAGUACAAGAAUGCUAACCACAGCUGGUAAUAUUGUUGUCAGCUUAUGUUAUAUAGUUUUUAUUUCUGUUUUAAACAGAAUUUACCUUCGGCAGAUGCUGUGAGUAACAUGUUAAGGGUUUAAUACUGUUAUGUUACGUGCCUUGUGGAGUUCUAUAUUUAGAUAAUUUUUGGAUUUACACGUGCAAGCCAGCAAUAUAUUUCAGUUUUAAGUCUUUAUUUGCCUUCAUUUAAUUGCCAAACAUAAACAUUCUUACUAGGUGAAAUUAUUUUCCCAUUCUUUUAAACUGCCAAAUAUGAAGUUUGGAAAUUGUAUGAAUAUUAAUAAGUGUCUUUUACAUAUCUGUACAACUUGUUGAUAGUUUCUGUCAAACCAAAACACAUUUACAUUUUCUGACUCAUAAAUUACAGCUGUUUUAGACCAUAAAGAACAAUGUAUUUAUAUCCAUUGUAAAUUCUUUCAUACUUUAUUGUGAUCGGUGGUGGAUAAAAAAGACUGUUGGCACAACAUCUGAUGCUAUGUGAUAACAAAGAUACUCAUUUACACAUUGAAAUACGAUGAUAUUGUUUCCAGAGACCCUUUCUAAAAAACAUUUUUGGCAGAAUAAAUGUAACUGUACAUUAAAAAAAUUUGUUCCCUAGAUUUUAUUUUUCCCGAGCCUGCACGUUCUCCACAUUGUGAAAGUGUAUGGACGUGGGUUGUGUGGUGUAUUGUACGGUGUGGUAAUAAAUGCUUCAGAAUAGUG